ACGUACUGAAAGAAGAGGCAGAUCAGCCGGCCGGCACGCUCGCCGGGACCGACCGAAAUUGUGCACGCACACGCGUACCGGGCGUACCAGGGACCACGCAAUACGCAUCGCACAAGAAAAGGAAGAGGAAGAGAGUGCGAGAGGGUGGAAAGACGAAGAAGCCACCCGCCGGAAAGGACGGAAAGAGCGGCUGGAGCUUCCGGACAGGGCGCAAGCUCGGCGGUGUCCUUGUUUACAUCCGCCUAACGCCGAGCAGCACGUUGCUUUAAGGUAGCGCCUAUCGACGCCACGUUGUUUCGUUCAGUGAAGAUUCACUCCCUGCGAGCCGACCGACGACAAAUUCGCAGCACCGCGACGAGGAAGCCUUUCGCGACGAGGAGUCGUCCUGCCUUCAGGACGACUCUGGGAGGUCAGGGACGAGACUUGCCCAUGGCACAGAGUUGCUUCCCCGAUUAAUGGACGCAUCGUCAGAAAGACAACAAAGAAGACCCUGAAGAGAUGCAACGGUGUCCAUACCUACAUGAGAUGAAAGAGCGCUUGCUCUCCCAACCGACACCGACCGACAGUUUGGAUAUGGAACGACUCGACGGCGGUACUCCCGUUAAGGAGGCUAAUCUGCACAAUGAUUAUCCGGCGCACACGAAUCCUGGUGUGAUACCCGAUCCCCCAGAGAUGCCACCUGAUUCCUUGAUCGGCACUGUCGUCAAGCUAAACUCCGAUGGUUAUGGCUCGCACACAUCACCAGCGCAUGCGAGGCAGCCCUUAGUUCCGCAGAAUGCGAAUAACCCGCCCCUCUGCCUCACUCCUACAUAUUCCGGUCCAGCAAAUGGCAUGCUGCCAAAGAAUGCGAAAACGUCGCUCUUCAUCAUCAUGAGCUUCAUCUAUGCGAAACUGCUUGUAGUCGUGUGCAUCGCUUACGUGAUAAGCGAAGUAGUAACGCACAAAUUGCCGCUGUAUUAUUACGAGGGAUUCUUCACUUACCUUUACGGCAUGAGUAUUCUGUUCCUGCUGUACGUCUUCUGCUUCCUCCUUCAAGAAAGCGCCUGCUGCGCGAGAGGAAGUGACACGCCGCCGCCGCCACCGAGGCCGCCGAAAUCUAAUUGGACUUCUUCCAAGGAAACUAAAGACAAGAAAGACAAAAAGAAGGAUAAGAAAGAGAAAGAUCAAAAGCAACCAAAGGCCAAAAAGGAACCUCCUCAGCAGGAUGCAACCGAUGUUGAAGCCGGCGUGGCAACGCGAGUUUUGCGGAAACGAAAAACUUCGCAGAACGAUCACAGUCACGGUAGCUUCUUCCUAAGAAUCGGCGCUAUUGCUUUUGGAUUGGGCACAAUGGUGUACAACGGAUUGGAAUUCGGUGCAUUCUUCGAGAUACCACCCACAUCACCCUGCUAUCAGAUAUUGCAAGGCGUCAAUCCGGUGUUGCAAAUGAUUUUCACCUUUAUGCAAAUGUACUUUAUCUUCAUGAAUUCUCGACUGAACAUCCAUCGCUUCAAAGUCAUCGCUCGCUUCGGUCUGAUGCACGUGGUCGCGACGAAUCUCUGCGUGUGGAUACGCACUCUGGUUCUGGAGAGUCUCAAGGAGAUCACGCAGUAUCAUAAAAAACUGGGCCAGGUUCAGGCGGGGAUUCUCGAGAGCAUUAAGCAGCACUCGAUGCGAAACGCCGGAGCUAUAUUGGGCACCGAGCCGCGCGACAUGGCGCAAUUACGGGAGGCGCCUCUUAUAGCCUCUCAGAGAUCGACGACCGUCGCACCGACCGUCAUCGCAUCGACCACCAGCACGACCGUGACGGCUCUGGGCCGCGUGAUGAGAACAACGGCGAGAUCGAUCAUGGACGCAGUCACCACGCCGGACGCCACCUCCACGAGCACCUGGACAACUCCGUCGACGACGACGGCGUCGACCACCACCUUCGCGCUGCCCAAUCUCACCACCAGCACGGCGACGACUCUGUCCACUCUACUGACUACAUUCACACCGUCGACCACCAGCACCACCACUACUACCACCGAGAGGAUCACCACUAUCCCGACCACGACGAGCACCAGCACCACCUCGACCACCACACCGUCCACUACCACAAUCUGGUCGCAGAUUAUGGAGUUCAUGAACGCGCCGCAAGGAGACAUGGACAACCAAGUGCAAGUCAUGGAUCCGGAUCGACCUUACAUUUCGGUACCGCAGAUCUUCGAUGUGAGCAACUUGACGAAUAGCAGCGAAUACUGGAGACCGAAUCUAGGCAUCUACGCGGAAGCUUUGACGGAAGACGGCACGGUGUCGAACUCAUGCGGACGUGUCAAUAUCAUGGGAACUAUCGUCCAGGAUGCGGCACCGUACUUAUUUCCGUUCAUAAUCGAGUACAGUCUGAUCGGAGCGGCAGUGAUUUACGUGAUGUGGAAGCACAUCGGGCGACAUCCGCGUUGGCCCCAUCAGGCAGAAGCAGAUCUUGAACGUCGCUUGGAGGCCAUGCUCUCUCGACGAGCAGUCGCUCUUGCUCACGCCGGUAUUUGUCACACCAGAGUCGACUGCGUGGGAGCAAGCAAGGGUCUUUUCUUCGGUCUGCUUCUUCUCGUCGGUUCCCUGAUAUGCCUGAUCCUCUUCUUCGUGCUGAUCCAUCAUCCGGAACUCGGUUUACUCGCAAUUUACCUCGCCGACGUGUCCCACUGCGUCCUGAUGGCACUAUCCAUCAUCGCCAUUAUCAUCGGCUUCAUCCGCGUGCAGAGCCUCAAGUUCAAGGCUGAAGAACAGAGCGACCUGAAUGACAUCCUCCUGCGCGUCUCCGCCUUCGGUCUCUUCAUCUACGCCGUCUUCAGCGUGAUCGCCGGCUCCCUCGCGGCCUUCACACACGAGCCGAAUUUACUGGUGAUGGUAACAGGAUUGCUCUCGGUCGCCCAGGUGGUCCUCCAGAUGCUCUUCAUCGCCGACGUGUCGCGCAGGCGAGUCCAUUUGCCCGAGCACGACCGCAGCAAGCCCGGCCGGCAGGUCGUCACCUUCUUGCUGAUCUGCAACGUGACCAUGUGGGUGAUCUACACCUUCGAGACCCAGAAGGUCAUUGCCAAUCCGGUGCAACUCGACUUCUACGGAUUCCUGGCCUGGGCCAUUGUGCAGAGGGUCACCCUGCCGCUGUGCAUCUUCCACAGGUUCCACAGCGCCGUGACGCUCGCCGAGAUCUGGAAGACCAGCUACAAGGCGCGUCUGGAGUAGACGAGCGGAGAGCCUCGUUAUGGUCAAUCGUCCGGAGUGGUCGUCGGUUGGGACAAAAGAGCGAGCACAAGCAGGUCAGGAUGCUCGACGACCUCGAUCACGUACAUCGAUUUCGGGUCUCGAAAGAAGGCAAAGGUUGAAGAACGGGAGGAGAGAAUUGGUUAAGGAAGAUUGGCGGACGGAAAAAAUGAAAAAUGAAAAAAAAAAAAAACAAACGACGGAACAGCCGAAAAUAAUCAAAUAACACAGUGUCUAAUGCGCCCGUUGCACGAAGAGACCUUCAGAUGAUAUCCAAGUCGUUGAUAAUUGUUGAGAAUUCCAAGAAUCCAUGUUGGAAGUCGGAGAUUUUAUCUCGUUAAUGAAGAAACCCUUUAUCGACGUCUGAGGAGGCGCUUGAAUAACACGAUCAAGGUCGAUCUGACAUCCUCGAAGAGGAGCUUUCGUGUAAAGUGGAGCCAGACAUAAUCGUGUCGAGCCGCAAAACUGUUUUUUUUUUGUCUCCAUUUUGUGCACAUUGUAUUUCUUUUUUUUUCUUUUUCUCUCUUUUUUUUUUUUCAUUUUUGUCUUGGUCAGUAGAGUCGAUGAGGAGAGAAUGACACCUGGACGAUCGACGGCCAUGUCAACGAUCUCGUCGAUCAGACGGGCUUUUGCCGAUUCGCGGCGCAAACGAAGCACAAAGCAACCAAAGUGUUAGCGUUUCACGAAAUACAAAAUACGCGCUUUCCUUCACCGCGUUUCUCACCUUACACGAUCUCUAUAUACUGCCACCAAAUUUUCUACUUUUAUAUGUAUAACGUUAUAUGUAUCGUAUAUGUGUACCUUCGCCCCAUCGUGCAUCAAGAGCAAUUGCUAAGCAAUUCGGUUCACACGCGAGGCUUUAGAUUGUCCGGUGUUUUCUUGUUUCAUUAUCAAAGUAUAUCGGAUCGCUGUGAUAUAUACUUUUGUGAAAACUUGAGUCGGCGUUGGCGACGAAUCUCCUUCUAUUCGUGCGUUAACGAUGUUUAACUAAAUAUUUCAUAUUUUUAUAAGUCAACGAUAUUUAGCGGACGAGAUUAGCUUCUAAGUUCACGCGUUUGGUUCACGCUCUCUGAUAAAAAAAAAAAUCGUACGAGAUCGUUAAUUAAUUCGAGACUGGAGUUCGCCGUAUGAAAUGAUUAGCUAGCUGUCGGGCGAACGGCUUCGUUUCCGCACUCUUUAUCGAAAUAAUUUUGCGAUCAGAAAAGUAGCGAGAAAGGAGCUCUCUUAAUCUACUUAUUAACGAGUCGCACGAUUCGUGAUUACGCUCGUUUGAUUUAGAACAAGCGGAACGGUCGUGGUUGCAUCUCGUAGUCCAACCGGAGGUAUCUCGACACGAAGCAGGGUAAUUUCGCAGCGCUGCUCGUUUAACAAAAGCAAGUUUAACGACGCUUGAGUUUUUCGCGUCAGAUCCCUUCGUUCUCGAGCCACUUGACCCGAAACGCGAGUGCUCCCUCGCGUUCAUGAGCACGCAAUCAACGGGAGACCCGUCCCUUUAAAAGGGACACGCAUCAAAAAGAUCUCCGUCGUUGUUUCUCGUUGCGUGCCGCAGAGUACAAAAUUAUUUCACAAGUUUUUCGAAUCCUUUUACCAACAUUUUUGGAACAUUCGCGCUCUCUUCGGAUGAAUACCUAACCUAACCACGGUAUAAUGAGAUCGCAUCUUCGUCAUAUUUCCAUCGCGGGCACCGAGAGGCGCAUAUUCAAAACAGCAUUGAACGGAGAGUCGAUGAAAAAAGCGACCGUGUUUUCGAAGCUGACGCGAGCGAGAUUAUGUAUAGAGAAUAUUUCGUUUUGGAUUAACCGAGUACUCUGAAUGGCAUAUAUUCGACAAGUUUUCGCGAACGCAAGCGGAAAUUACGCGUUAUAAUGCAGAUUGUGUGACUAAGAGACGGACGUAGAGCGGCGGAAAGGAAGUCAAAGAUGAAUUAGCGUCGAAAAGACUUAUUUUCAGCGGAAAGCUAUUCGUGCGUGUUUGUCUUUUCAAUAUUCCGAUCAGAGAUACAACGUCAAGGCUUUCCGUUGCGAAUAGCUUAAUUCUUUGAGGGGCGAUGGUGCAGCAGCUUGUGUACAACUUCUCACGGUCGAAUAUAUAUAUAGGUCACAGUAUAAUGUGCUUAGGUGUCACCAUUUUUGUGCGUUUCUAUAUGUUGGUGCGAUGUGGUUUAAUUUACGAACUACAGUGCCUAAGUUUCGCUUCAUUAAUGCUUCUCUUUCAGAGGUCCCGCACAAAUACGCUGACUCUCUCGGCCCCUGAAAGAGUUAAGGGUGGGGAUCCGGAGAUAGAAAAAGAAACGAAGACUAUAAUCGGUACACGCGAAUGUAGAGGAGCUCGCACACCAUUCACGAAAUAUAAGAGAUAAUUAUUACUAUCAUUAUUGAUUAGUGUUUAAGCCUAUCUCGAAGAGAUAUCGAUCUUUCGCAUUUACUUCGCUAUUGAUAUCGUAUGUAGAUCGUUGAGAAAAGAAAACGUUCAUCGUAUAGAGACUAUACUUUGUGAAUUCCUUCACGGUCCCUGUGAAAAUAUUCCUCAAGAUAAAAAUCACACUGAAUUUCAUUCAAUAAAAUUUAUCAGCAUUUACAAAUUUUAUUGAAUCAAAUUUGCCCACGAAGAGAAAACAAUAAUACACAAGACACACCUGAGAUCCUGACGAAAGUCAUAAUUACACACCAGUCGACGUACUUAGCUUUCUAAAUAUUUUAAUUAUUAGAGAUAAUAUAAAUAAUAAGUAAAGCGCGUUUGCGCGAAAUAAGAGGAAUGUUGUUGUAACGGAAGCUUAACGAGAAGCAGCCGUUUAAAUCAAGCCGUUACCGAUCGAUUAUAUAUAAUUAUAAUCCAAGAACGACAUUAUUAAAAAGUAAACACGAUAUAAAUAUAUAUAGAUAUAAAAAUGGAUAUAUAUAUAUAUUAUGGAUACUUGUAUUAAAUUUUGAUGUGCGCAACUGUAGAUGUGGAGUGUUGCGUGCGACAUGUAAAUAACGAUAAUCAUUCUUCGUCAGUAAAUUAUUGUUCAGCAGAGUAUCUGUGAAACGAACGACAUUAUUACCAGCGCAGUGAUGCGCAGAUUUGCGCACAGAUGGAUUUUUCAUUUCUCGACUAUUAUUUUUAUCGCGAAGCUACAAUAUUGCAACAUGUACAAGCUGAUUUUUCCAAGAUUUUACACAUGGCGUAAAAUAUAUAUGAUGUAUGAACGUAACAUACGUAUAUUUUAUCUUAGAAAAAUAUACACGUAUAUCAGUACAAAGAUUAUAACGCGCACCAACUUCUAUAAAUCAAAACAAUAAUCAUGCAUUUCGCAUAUUUUACAGUCGUUGCAAAUUUAACGAAUAAAAACAUAGGCAAAUCAGCUUAUAUAUGUGAAAAUUUCUAAUACUAUUAAAUUAAUGUAUUCUUUUGAAGAUCCAGUUUCGGUACUAAUUGCCAAAAUUUAAUACAUCUCAUCGCACAAACCGACGAAAAAGAAAUUCUCCUGUGAAACUCUCGAAAUCUUUUCACCGACACUCUGCGCGAUCGCGCGUGACAAAAAAAAAGAACAAAAAUCAUGAACGACGACAACGUAGCGAGAGCUCAUUGCGAGAAUUAAAUUAAUUAACAAGGCACUGCCACACCGGACCAACAAAGCCGAAACGAAUGAUAGAAGGGAUUCGAAGAAGUAUAGAGAGAGGGGGGAGACACGCGCAAAUGCAAAAUGAGUACCAAUGAUUCUUUAUCGAUUUCUCGUAAAAAAAAAAAUGCUAUAAAGAAAAUAUAUGUAAAACCGGAAACCCUUCCACGUUUAACGAAUACGUACGAAUGCGUAGCUCCAAUAUACGUGUGCGUGAUAGGAGAGUGAGAGAAGAGAAAAAGAGAGCGAGCGAGAAAAAGGUAGGCGGAAGAACAGAAAUUGAGACAAUGUGAACCGUUUUUCUUCGGCAAACAACGUCUUUGUAUACUCUACCCGUGUUGUAAGGAGUAAAGCCACAAUUCUUGUAUAUGUACAUCAAUAUCUCGAUAGUAGCCGUAAGCCUAACUAGUGAGUCGCGGAUUUGCGAUAAGGCCGACGGAAGAUGAAUGCAACAGAAAUUCACAAUUGCAAAUGUUUGCACUGCUAUUUAUUUCUUCUUUAUUCGAGAUCAUAAAGUGACUCGCGCAAAUUUCAUAUCAACGUAUUAUUUAUUGUUUAAGUUUGUGUUGCAUUUACGUAAAUAAUAUUUAUUAUAUAUAAGUAUUUAAUUACAUAUAUAAAUCUUGUUUGAAUAAAUAUUACAAAUAUCGUUUUUAUUUGCGGCCAUAAGAAUUUAUUUAAGAUCGUGUUUCGUACUUUCCGAUAAUACAAUAGUAUGUUUGUGUGCGUGUGUGCAGUAAUUUCGUGUAGCCCCAAGUUGCGAAUCUGCAGGAGGAACAAACGAAGAAAAGACAGCGAGGCUUUGCAUAUGCAUAUGUGCCGGAAGCAAAUCCGCGACGCAUUAUUAUUUAACAUAAUGUAGUGAGUUUUUGAUGUCUUCGAGUAUAAUUACAGUUUGUACACGUAUACACACAGUUAUACGCAAAAACAGACAUACAUAUAUACAUGCGCGCGCACAAGUGACAUCACUCACGGAUUUACCAGAGACACACUGUAUCGAAGAGGAAGCGAGGACAAUGGGAAGCACGGAACGAAGGAAGUUAACGUUUCGUCGGAGCAGGCGACAUAAUGACAGACUGGACACAAAAAAAAAGUAAAAGUAUAAAUUACAUGUUGUGGUGUAAGCAGUUCUUCGAAUGUCGAGUAGCGACGAAUACGUCUGUAAAUUCGUAAAUUCGCUCAUUCAUCGAUUCCUAUUUUCAUUGUACACCGUUAACAAAACCAGUUUCAUUGUAACCCAAGUUGCAUCGGUACAUCGUUGCCGCAUCAUUUGUAACGAUACACGAUUAUAUUGGUUAAUAAAAGUUAUCUAGACGUAA